AUGGUCGCUAUCGUCCAGAAGCCCGCGCCCGCCUUCAAGGCCACCGCCGUCGUCGAUGGCCUCUUCCAAGACAUCUCGCUGUCUGACUUCGUCGGACAAUGGGUGGUUCUUUUCUUCUACCCGCUUGACUUUACCUUUGUCUGUCCGACCGAGAUCCUUGCGUUCAACGAUGCGCUGCCCCAGUUCAAGGAGCUCAACACUGCUGUGCUCAGCGUGUCGACGGACUCGCACUAUGCUCACCUUGCUUGGGCGACCCAGCACCGCAAGCAGGGUGGCCUCGGUCCCGACCUCAAGCUCCCCAUGAUCGCGGACAAGAACAUGAAGAUCUCCCGCGACUACGGUGUCCUCAUCGAGGAGGACGGUGUCGCCCUCCGUGGUCUCUUCCUCAUCGAUCCCAAGGGCACCUUGAGGCAAAUAACCAUCAACGACCUGCCCGUCGGCCGGUCCGUCGAGGAGACCAUCCGUCUUAUCAAGGCGUUCCAGUUCACAGACGAACACGGUGAGGUCUGCCCCGCCAACUGGACUGAGGGUAGUAAGACCAUCAAGGCGGACCCCAAGGGCUCCCUGGAGUACUUCUCGUCGGCCACUGCCAACGGUGCCGAGGCCAACGGUGCGAACCCCAAGAAGCGCGCCCGCGUCGAUUGA